AUGUUGAGGAAUUUCUGUUGCGCUCAGGAUAGUAUCCUCCGUGAUUUCCCACCCACUGGUGGUAACGCUGUGGAUGGAGUAAAGAGCGGGGAUGAAAACCUGGGGAAGAGUUAUGGAAAUAGCGCUCAAGUCGACGAUGAGGAUGCUUGUAAAGUUUGCUAUGAGAGGCCAAUCGAUACGGUUCUAGUACCUUGUGGUCACUUUGUAGUCUGUAGUGCCUGCGUGUUGAGGUUGGAUGGUACUGACAAGCAGUGUCCGAUCUGUCGUACUACAUACCAGCUGGCGCAGAAGAUUUUCAAGUAA